CCGCCGGCCCCCCGACGGCGCCGCCCUGCUGGCGCCCGCCCUCGCCUUCAAUCUGGGCUGCGAGCCCGGCGGCGGAACGCACGUCUGCCUAAGGAGGUACGAUGGGGUGCCCGGGGCUGCGGAAGGGAAAGGCAGCCGCUCCUUGCUGCCCGUGCCGCCCUUCGCCGCGGAGCUGCACGUCGAGAUGGUCUGCUCGCCUGCCUACAGCACCCGAGCCGUGUACGACCGCCUGCUCUACCGGCACUUCCAAACGCCCCGGCUGGUCCAGGAGGGAGACAUCCUCUGUGUCCCAACCUUUGGAUGUGCUGAGUUUUUAGAUGGAAAUGCAGACAAAUUCCUUAGGUGGCCGGAGCUUUACUUCAAAGUGAGGAAGAUACUAGGCACGGUGGAAGGCAUGCAGUCUGAGGGUUACCUAGCAGACACUCAAAACACCUCUCUGUAUCUGGUGGGUUCAACAAACAGCGCCGUCCCGUCUGCCCCAGCCUAUACCAGCCACGAGUUCUGGAGCAGUUUGUCUCCUGCUGGACUGUCUGAUGUUGUGAAGGAGCUCUGUGAUGCUCUUCGGCCUCACCUGACCAGUCAGGCAGCAGCGCUGAGCGGAGCUGGCAGUGUUCUUCUCUCAGGACCAAGUGGCAGUGGAAAAGUAAUGGCCGUCAGAGCUGUGUGCAGCUGCCUCAACCUCCACCUCUUCAAGGUUGACUGUGUUAGUUUGUGCGGUGACACCAGUGCAGCUACAGAGGAGAAAAUACAGAUGGCCUUUGCCCAGGCCCAGCAGUAUCGUCCCUGUGUGCUUCUGCUGAAAGACAUAGAGGUGCUUGGCAGAGACCGGGACAGGCUAGCAGAGGACUCCAGGGUCAUUGCUACUCUGAGGCAGCUGCUUCUGGACAGAGACCCAGCACUGAGCCACCCUGUCCUGGUGAUUGCCACAACCUGCAAGCCCCAGGAUGUUCCUACGGAUGUACAGACUGCUUUCCUUCACGAGGUGAAAAUUGAUGCCCUUUCAGAAGACCAGAGGAGGGCGAUGCUGAGCACGCUGACUGCCUGUCUUCCUCUGGGCAAAGAAGUGAGCCUAGCCAAGCUGGCCCGCAGGACUGCAGGUUUUGUGCUGGGAGAUUUCUGUGCCUUGCUGUCCCACAGCAGCCGGGCUGCUUGUACCCGCAUCCAGGCCUUGAGUUUUCCAGGUGGACUGAGUGAGGAAGUGGAGAGAGAUUUUUGUACCGCUGGCUUCCCAGUCCUUGAGGAGGAUUUCAGUGUUGCGCUGGACCAGCUGCAUGAUGCUCAUUCACAGGCGGUGGGAGCUCCGAAGAUCCCCUCCGUGUCCUGGCAGGACGUUGGUGGGCUCCAUGAGGUGAAGAAGGAGAUCCUGGACACUAUCCAGUUGCCCCUGGAGCACCCGGAAUUGCUGUCACUGGGUCUGUGCCGCUCUGGUCUGCUGCUGUAUGGGCCUCCAGGGACUGGGAAGACCUUGCUGGCAAAAGCUGUGGCAACCACAUGCACCAUGACAUUCCUUAGCGUGAAAGGGCCAGAGCUCAUCAACAUGUAUGUUGGACAAAGUGAGGAGAAUGUGCGGAAUGUGUUUGCCAGAGCCAGGGCAGCUGCUCCCUGCAUUAUCUUCUUUGAUGAACUGGAUUCCCUGGCCCCAAAUCGUGGGCGGAGUGGAGAUUCGGGAGGUGUCAUGGACAGAGUUGUCUCACAGCUCCUGGCUGAACUUGAUGGCCUCCAUUCCAGCAGAGAGGUGUUUGUCAUCGGAGCUACGAACAGGCCUGACCUCCUGGACUCAGCUCUGCUCCGGCCAGGCAGAUUUGACAAGCUGGUCUAUGUGGGUGUAAAUGAAGACCGGGAGUCACAGCUGCAGGUGCUGAGUGCCAUCACCAGGAAGUUUAAACUGGAUCCUUCUGUGAACCUCAGCAGCAUCCUAGAAGAAUGCCCAGCUCAGUUGACAGGAGCUGAUAUCUACUCGCUGUGCUCAGAUGCCAUGAUGUGCGCUGUCAAACGCAAGGUGGAAUGGAUCGAGGAGGGGCUGGAUACAGAGAGCUCUGCUCUUAUACUCACCAUGGAGGACUUCUUGCAGGCUGCUGCGAGGUUGCAGCCAUCAGUCUCUGAGCAGGAGCUCCUCAGGUACAAACUCAUCCAGCAGAAGUUUGCUGCCUGCUCAUAAGGCUCAGGAGAGCCAGGACUGGAGGAGCAAAGGGAUGACGUGCUAAGAGGCAUGAGAGAACUGGGGGCAGAAGCACCCACCUGCUACCUUCCCAUUGCUCUUGGUUCUCCUUUUUCAAUUUUGGCAGAAAAAAUGGCCAUGCAGUUUUGUGAGCCAAAGCCUUGUGUGGGUGUUAACCUUGGAGGGGACUCUGUAACAGCCCCUCUGAUGUAGGGGGAGCAGCAUCUGACUGCCAGGAGCAUGCUGGGGUGUCAGAGCACUGACCAAGGCUGUACUGGUUGGCAGCAGGCACCUGUUGGGGUGCCAGCCCCCAGUGUUGGGUGCUGGCUGGAGUUGCAGGGCCAUCACUGGGCAGUGCUGCUGCCAUUGGCCUGGCCUUGACAUGGACUCUACAAAUAAAUGUAGGUUUCUGCUCCAGCUUUCA